AUGACGGUGAAGAAGCGUCCGUCAGACCUGAACAGCCUGGAGCGGUUCAACUUGUACUACAAGGAAAAGGAGCCCAAGCUGACUACGGGGCAGAAAGUCAAGAGGUACAUCUGGAACCCGAAAACGAGGCAGUUCUGCGGCAGGACUGCGGGCAGUUGGUCAAAGAUAGCCCUAUUCUACUUCAUCUUCUACUCAGCCCUCGCCAUCCUGGUGGCCAUCUGCAUGUGGACGUUCCUCCAGCUCCUGGACGCGAGGCAGCCCAUGUGGCAGCUGGAGAAGAGCAUCAUUGGCACCAACCCUGGGCUGGGCUUCAGGCCCACACCCUCGGAUGUGGCUAGCAGCGUCAUCUGGUACAAGGGGAACGAUGUGGGCAGUCAGCAGUUCUGGGUUAAAGAGCUGAAGAGGUUUUUGGAAGCUUACAAACGAGACAACAAGAAAGUGGGAGCGGGACGCAACACACACACGUGCGACAAACAACCACCUCCACCAGGAAAGGUGUGCGACGUGGACAUAAACGCCCCAGCCUGGUUUCCCUGCGUGGAGUCAAACAGCUUCGCCUACAACAAGUCGACACCCUGCGUGUUCCUCAAGCUAAACAAGAUCUACGGCUGGAAGCCACACUACUACAACAGUUCUGAUCAUCUGCCCAAAGACAUGCCCGAGGAUCUGAAGAGCCAUGUCAGGAAUAUGACGGCGUUUGAUAAACAAAAUCUCAACAUGGUGUGGGUGUCAUGCCAGGGCGAGAACCCAGCCGACCGGGAGAACAUCGGUCCCAUCCAGUACCUGCCCAAACGAGGGUUCCCGGGAUACUACUUCCCGUACACCAACCAGGAUGGAUACCUCAGCCCGCUGGUUGCUGUGCAUUUCAUGAGGCCUAAGACUGGCACGCUGAUCAACGUGGAGUGCCGUGCGUGGGCGCACAACAUAAAAUACGACCGCCACGAGGGCAUGGGCUCCGUGCAUAUCGAGAUCAUGAUCGAAUAACUUCACAUUUCUACAACUAAACAUCAAGAAAAUCUAAAUAAAGUAGUUAAAACAACACUAAGUAAACCAAACACAGUAAGUAGUUAUUUAACCACAGAGUGGGAGGUUCACGAGUCUAGCCGGCAGGCCUCGUCGGUGAUGGCGGGAUAACUUGGACUCCUUAAGAGGCUGGCCAGAUAUAGCACUAAACAGAGACGAGUGGAUGAAGAGGGGGAGGCCUUUGUCCAGCAGUGGGACACAGUGGGCUCUGAAUAAUAACAAUAAUAAAACAAUACAACAAGACUUCAACUAACGUCUCAAAGUCAUGGGCACCAUGCAUAUGAACAUGAUUGAAUUUACUGACGUCGCACAAUAAUUUUCUUACAGACAGCUGCGACCGAUUAUUAAGGCAGGAAGAUGUGUAUUUGAUGUUAUUUUAAAAUAAACGUGUUCAUUGAAAUAAGUUGCUGAAUGGUUACUAUUGUGAUUGUUUUGAAAUAACUACCUAAUAUGUAUGUAAAAUAAAUGUUAUAGCUUUUGAAUGAAUAUUAAAGUCACGACGUUUUGAUUGAAAAAUAUCGAGCCAUGACGAAUUAUUUAUGAUGUUAUAUGUACAAAUGUGGUACAUAAUUAUUUUCCAUCGUAUUUUCACGGAAACUUACGAAGUACGAACGUGUCUUUUUUGCUAUUUUCAGUCAGUCUUGGUACAAAAAGUACUGAGGUUGACUGAAGUAGUAUGACAAAUAUAUGCACGUUUCCGAGAAAAUACGACGGAAAACAAUUUUGCACUGUAUUUAGGUAGGUAAUUACAUUUGUAGGUAUAGAUACCCAUUUAUAGAAUUUUACAAAUUAACGUCGUGGUUUAAACUGUAACUUCUAGUCUUUACAAAUUCUUUCAAUCCAAAGAAUUUCCUCCGUUAAAACCAAACGUAGAGUGUGAUUAUAAUAAAGUUUAUGAUGUAAAUUAUUGAAUUAAAAUUAGUUAAUGAGUUUGA